AUGGAAGAGUUUCUCGAAGAAAUCAUUCUGACAUGCCAAAAGGCGAAAGUGGUGCUGUCUUCGUUUUUUGUGUUAAGAAAGGACUACUCUGUCAUCGAUAAUGAAGAGGUGCCUGUCGAAGAAAGAAUCUCAAAGGCUGUAAACCUUUUAAACGAUUUCGACAACAACUUGGCAAAGAGAGAUCAGUUCAAGACAAUUUUGUGCGAUUUGAAACUUUAUAUGACGAAAGGUGCGGCGAUGAUAACGGAGGAACUGAAGAAAUCCGACAACGCGGAUAUCGAGUACAACUUUCUAUUGGAGACGAUGGUCGAUUUGCAGAGGCAAAAGAUGGAACAAAGAAAAAAUUAUCUUGAAAAACAAAUCCAAAAGGUCGACUUAACAUUUAACAAGGAACAAAAGAUACUGAUCGGCAAAAUGCGGGUAGUGCCGUUUUCACACAACUCACUCGAUUACGAAGAAGUGAAACAGAUUGAGGAAUGGACAAAUAUGAAAGUCACAAAUGUCAUUUUCGACAGUAGAAACAAUCAAUGGAGUGUCGGCGAGAGCGACUUUAAGGAUAAAGUGUUUGGCAAAGAGAAGCUUUUGUUUGUGGUCGAAGAUACAAACAAAAACAAAUUUGGUGGAGUUAUUUUCAGCAAAAUAUCGAAGGCUGGACAGUGCAUUUGCGACAAAGAGGCAUUUUCGUUUACUUUGAAGUCAAAUGGGAGAAUUAAUGGGAUGCAGAAGUUUACCAUUCUUCCAAAAUACUCUCAGUUUGCGUUUAAUUGUUUUGACGAUGCACACCACAGACUUUUCCAUCUCUGCGAUGCCUCAAUUUACGUGUUCAAGAAGGGAGAAAGUGGGAGUGCUUGCUAUUCAAACAGAACAGCAGACACGCCAGACAACGUGCUUUGUGGGAGUCACCACUUCACACCAGAAAGGAUAACUGUCAUACAACUUAAGUAA